UCUACACUGAGCUCUAGCAUGCGGUAGUGAAGUGAAUUAAUUACACACUUUUCGGGUUUUCUAAACAAAAUUCGAGGUAGUGCAGUGUGCUUUAUGUAAUUUGAAGCAAUUAGUUUUUGCUACACAAUACACACCCACACACCAAUAAUGACUAACAGCCUAGAGUUGGAGUGCUCAGUACUGAAGGUAGCGCGUCAUAAAAUCGAACGCGUUGGUUGCGCAUAUUUUAACGCACGCCGCCAAAUUGGCGAUUCGAGCGGCGUCGAGCGCAGCGAUUCCGAUGAGAAAUUGGCGGGCGCUGGCGAGGAUGUCGACAUAAGCUACCUCAAAUCACUUGAUCCCAAGGAAUGGAAGGAUCAGGAUCACUACAGUGUUCUCGGCCUUGGCAAAUUGAGAUACGAAGCCAGCGAUGAUGAUAUUCGGCGGGCCUACAGACGGAUGGUGCUGCUGCAUCAUCCAGACAAGCGGAAAGCCAAAGGCGAGGAGGUUAUUACCGACGACGACUACUUCACAUGCAUAACAAAGGCCUACGAAAUACUCGGCACUUCAAAGACGCGCCGUAGCUACGACUCAGUAGAUCCCGAGUUUGACGACGCUUUUCCCACACAGACGGAUAUUGAGAGUAACUAUUUUGACUCGUUUAAUAAGUAUUUUAAUUUGAAUGCGCGCUGGAGCGAAAAGUCAAACGUGCCGCCAUUUGGCGAGGUGGACGCCAAACGUGAGGAGGUGGAACGGUUUUACAAUUUCUGGUACGAUUUCAAGUCAUGGCGCGAGUUCAGCUACCUGGACGAGGAGGACAAGGAGAAGGGUCAGGAUCGCGAUGAGCGUCGUUGGAUCGAGAAGGAGAACAAAGCGGCGCGCAUCAAGCGUAAAAAGGAAGAAAUGACCCGAAUUCGUGCCCUGGUCGAUUUAGCCUACAACAAUGACAAACGCAUCCAAAGGUUCAAGCAGGAGGAGAAGGAUCGCAAGGCAGCAGCCAAGCGCGCCAAAAUGGAUGCUGCUCAGGCCCAAAAGGCCGAACAGGAGCGAGCUGUGCGCGAAGCGGCGCUGGCCAAAGAGAAGGCUGACAAGGCCGAGCAGAAACGCAUCGAGCAGAUACGCAUUGAGCGCGAGCAGCAGAAGAAGGUGCUGAAAAAGGAGCGCAAAACGUUGCGCGACAAGGUAAAGGAUUGCAAGUACUAUGCCAAAAACGACAAGGAUCAACUGAAGCACAUGGAGGGUACCGAAAAGAUAUGCGAAACAUUCAGUUUGUCCGAGCUGCAAGCUCUCAAUAAGGCUAUGGAAACGAAAGGCAGAGAGUCCUUUGUUGCUGCGCUGCAUACCGCCGAGCAAAAGAUCGCCGCUGAGCUGGAGGAGCUCAACAUGGCGCAGCAAAAGAAACAGGCGAACAACACACCCAAACAGGGUGUUAAGGAGGUGAAAAAAGGUGAACUCUGGAGCAAUGAGAAUGUGCAGCUGCUGAUCAAGGCGGUAAAUCUGUUUCCCGCUGGCACCGCACAGCGCUGGGAUGUCAUUGCCACGUUUAUCAAUCAGCAUUGUGGUGCAGGUUCGGGUCAGGUGACCGCUCGCGAUGUGCUCAACAAGGCAAAGGCACUGCAGAACAGUGACCACUCCAAGAGCACGCUUAAGACGCAGGCCAAUGAGGCGGCCUUCCAGAGUUUCGAGAAAUCAAAGAAGGAGGUCCAGACAACAAACGACAUCACGCUGGGCGAAUCCCCGGCGGAGAGUAAGGAAAAUGUAAAACAGAAUGGUGGCGAUCAUAUGAGCAAUCUGCAGCAGCAGCAGCAGCAGCAGCAGCAGCCGGAGCCCAAGCAAAAUGGCAAUGCUAUGACGGCUCCAGCUGCUACACCCGCACCGACCACCAAUGGCGUCGCAUCAAAGACUUGGACAAAGGAGGAGCAGGCUUUGCUGGAGCAGGCAAUUAAAACGUAUCCGACAACAACGCCCGAUCGCUGGGACUGCAUUGCUGCCUGUAUACCGAAUCGCAGUAAAAAGGAUUGCUUGCGUCGCGUCAAGGAGCUCGUCGAGCUGGUCAACUCCAAGAAGGAAGCGCAGGCGGCUGUCAAAUGAGUGGCACCACAACAACUGCUAAUCUUCCCCUCCUCUGCCCUAGCUGCUGUGUCCAAUAUACAUUUUAUUUAAAUAAAUAAACCUUAAAAAG